AUGACGGGGGCAAAGAGAAAAAAGAAAAGCAUGCCCUGGAGCAAGAUGCGUAUGCCCCGUUGUGAAGACUUUAAACAGUGGUGCAGACGGCGGCUGCCUAUUUUGGAGUGGGCGACACAUUACAGUCUGAAAGAAAGCUUGCUUCCGGACACUGUUUCUGGGAUGAUGCUGGCAGUUCAACAGGUGGCACAAGGGCUGGCCUUUGCGGUUCUGUCAUCCGUGCACCCGGUGUUUGGCUUGUAUGGGUCUCUGUUUCCCGCCAUCAUUUACGCCAUAUUUGGAAUGGGGCGUCAUGUUGCCACAGGCACUUUUGCCUUGACAUCCUUAAUAUCAGCUAAUGCAGUGGAACGACUUGUCCCUCUGAGCAGUCAGAACCUCACCACACGCAGUAACACAAGUGUACUGGGAUUAUCUGACUUUGAGAUGCAAAGGAUCAGUGUUGCUGCAGCUGUUUCCUUUCUUGGCGGUGUGAUUCAGGUGGCCAUGUUUGUGCUCCAACUGGGUAGUGCCACAUUCCUGAUUACAGAGCCUGUGGUCAGUGCAAUGACAACUGGGGCUGCCACCCAUGUCGUGACUUCACAAGCUAAGUAUCUCUUGGGAAUGAAAAUGCCAUAUAUAUCUGGACCACUUGGAUUCUUUUAUAUCUAUGCAUAUAUCUUUAAGAACAUCAAGUCUGUGCGACUGGAAGCACUGCUCUUAUCCUUGCUAAGCAUUGUGGUACUUGUACUGGUUAAAGAGCUGAAUGAACAGUUUAAGAGGAAAAUUAAAAUUAUUCUUCCUGUUGACUUAGUUUUGAUGAUUGCUACAUCUUUGACUUGCUAUUGUACCAAUAUGGAAAACACAUACGGAUUGGAAGUAGUUGGUCAUAUUCCAAAAGGGAUUCCUCCACCUCGAGCUCCCCCAAUGAACAUCCUCUCUGCGGUCAUCACUGAAGCCUUUGGAGUGGCACUUGUCGGCUAUGUGGCCUCACUGGCUCUUGCGCAAGGAUCUGCCAAAAAAUUCAGAUAUUCAGUUGAUGACAAUCAGGAAUUCCUGGCUCAUGGCCUCAGCAACGUGAUCGCUUCGUUCUUCUUCUGUAUUCCAAGUGCGGCUGCCAUGGGAAGAACUGCUGGCCUCUACAGCACAGGAGCAAAGACACAGGUGGCUUGUCUAAUAUCUUGCCUUUUUGUCCUGAUAGUCAUCUAUACAAUAGGGCCUUUGCUUUACUGGCUGCCCAUGUGUGUUCUUGCAAGUAUUAUUGUUGUGGGACUGAAGGGAAUGCUAAUACAGUUUCGAGAUUUAAAAAGAUAUUGGAAUGUGGAUAAAAUUGACUGGGGCAUAUGGGUCAGUACAUACAUAUUUACAAUAUGUUUUGCUGCCAAUGUUGGGCUGCUGUUUGGUGUUGUGUGUACCACAGCUAUCGUGAUUGGUCGCUUCCCAAGAGCAAAUACUCUGAGUACAAAAAAUAUGAAAGAGAUGGAAUUUAAAGUGAAGACAGAAAUGGAUGAUGAAACCCUGCAGCGGGUGAAAAUUAUCUCAAUAAACAACCCACUUGUUUUUCUGAACGCAAAGAAGUUCCAUAAUGAUAUAAUGAACAUAAUCCAAAAAGAAAAUACUGGAAACCAACCACUUGAUGAAAUCAGAAAGUAUGAACAAAGCACAUUGGUCAGUUCUCUGAGUGGCAUUUGCAACGAAGAAGCUACCCAGCCCUGCCUGAAUCCGAAGUGUUCUUUAAUCCUGGAUUGCAGUGGAUUGACCUUUUCUGACUAUACUGGCGUCUCCAUGCUUAUUGAGGUUUACAUGGACUGUAAGAACAAGAGUGUGGAUGUGUCUUUGGUCCAUUGCACAGCUUCCUUGAUAAAAGCAAUGAAAUACUGUGGAAACCUAGAUUCAGAGAAGCCAAUUUUUUUUGAAUCAGUAUCUGCUGCGAUAAGUAACAUGCAUUUAAAUAAGAAUUUGAGCAUACUCAGUGACCACAGUGAAAUCUGA